GGCAUCGAGAAGACUGCCAACUUUCGUGUGGGGGACAAUAGACAAAGUUAUCAUCACAGAAUUCGCCCCACAUCUCAUUUUCAAACAAUAAUAAGCAUGUCGUUAAAAAGAGAUGGGUUUAUUUAAAGAAGUUUCCUGCAUUUUAAAGCAGGAGGAAUUUGCAUAAUCAGAAGAACCUACGUGUGUAUGUGCAUAUAAAUGUGAGACGAUGAAGAGACGACGGAGUGUGUUUAGUCCGGGCAGUCGAUAAGGCGGAAAGAUAAGGAGUCGUCUGAGGGGAAAUAAUGGAAACGAAUAAUUACCAAGGGUUAAGAGAGAGAAGUGAUCUUAAUUUGACGGCGGAUUUAGACCCAGAGAUUAAAAUGGAGAAGAAAAGGGUGGAUUUGAUUUCGAAUUGUCCCAUUAAGCUGACCACGGGGGACAAUUUGUCAUCUUGUGACGAUGAAGAUGACGAAUAUUCCUCGUUUCCUGUGAAAAUAGCGAAUAAUCCGACGCUUGGCCGGUAUCUGGUUGCUCGGCGUGACUUGAAAGCUGGGGAGCUCAUUUUGAGAGAAGAUCCCAUCUUCGUGUCGCCAAAUUCGGGGGACAAUACUUGUUUCGGGUGUUGUUUAAAGGCUAAAAAUCCAAGACCAUGUUCCACUUGUGGUUGGCCUGUUUGUGGGAAGGAGUGCGAACAGAUUCCAUUCCACUCUCGGAACGAGUGUGCCGUAUUUUCCUCGGCCGGAAUAACCCCACCGCUGCAGCCACCCUACGACUUCAUCCACCCUGCCGAACUCAUCAAAGUUCUGAGGGCCGUUCUGAUCAGCAAGGGUCGCACGGCCGAGGACGCCGCGACGUGGGGCGCCAUGACCAAGCUGGAGUCGCACAUGAAGCAGCGGGAGGCCAUCCCCAAGGUCAGGUUCAUGUCCACCCUGACCAAGAACUUCAUUCGGGGGGCGUGCCACGUGGGGGACGUGCCCGAAGAGCAGAUUGAUCUCAUCCUGGGAAUCAUCGACGUCAACGCCUUCCGACACACGCUCCAUCCCAAUAACCCAUUAAGGAUGGAAGCCGUCAAGGCGAAUAAGGAUGUGGACAAGAACGCCACCUUCCUCUACCCCAAAGGCUCCAUGGCCGCGCACGGUUGUCGUCGCACCGUCCGCUGGGAAACUCUGCCAUCUGGAACGUUAGAAAUGUACGUCACGGAGGACACUCCCGCUCUCAGUUUGCUCACCCAUCCCUACGUGGACCUGAUGAAAGGGACGCCGGAAAGGAGACGCUUGCUCCGUGACCAGUUCUACUUUGACUGCUCCUGUCCCCGCUGUUCCGAUCGGACCGAGUUGGGCACGCACUUUUCCACGCUCAAGUGCCCCACGUGCUUCGAGGGGAACCUCCUCCCGGACUAUCCCCUCCACUACAAGUCGCCCUGGACCUGCGCCUCCUGCCACGCCACGAAACCUUCCCACUUCGAGCGGAACGUGGUGCGAGGGAUGCAAGCGGAAAUGAAGUCCGUGCUGGAGCAAUGUUCCGGGAACAAUUUGGCCGUCGUUGCGGGUUUGGCGAAAUUGUUGGGGAAAUAUCGAGGCAAGAUUUGUCACCCGAACCAUUUCGCCGUGGUGGACGUGGAGUAUCAUUUGGUGAGGAGGAUGGCGCUGAUGAGGAAGCCCACCGUCGACUUGCUCCUCGAGAUGAAAAAGUUGAUACAUAAAUAUCUCGAUAUUGCUGUCGUGUUCUAUCCAGGGAUUAAAUAAGGAAAGAAAGGGGGAAAGUUUGGGGAAGGUUUUCAGAAAUUUUGCAUUUAAAUGUACAUGUUUUUGCUCGGUGUAUAUUUAUAUUCCAGGUUUUAACGUAGGGCUCGGUGACCUAUCACUAAAAUCGCCAAAAUUAGCACAGUUUAAAUCAUUUCUCGGCUCUGGGAAUUCAUUUUAAAAUUUAUAAAGUAUAGGGAGUUGCCAAUUUUUCAAAGAUGCACACUCCAGAUUUUGACAGUUUUUGAAGGAGAUUUCAAGUUUAAGAAGUCUUCAGAAAAAUUGAAACUGGCUUGCGAAACUCAGCCAUUCCUGUAUUAAUCACUUACAAAUUUGUCGGCCAGAAUUUUAAAAUAAAUUCCCAAAGCUCAGAAAUUAUUAAGAAAUGCGGAGUUUGAAGACGCAUUAUCGAGUCCUACGGAAAAAAAUUUAGGGAGUUUUUUUUUUCGGGGAUAAUUAUUUAACUUUCACAUUUAUUUUUCGUUUGGUGUGCAAUUACAUAUUUCUUAUUUUUUGGAAAAUACUAAAUGUCCACGUCUUUAUUUUCGUAUUUGUUCUGAUAAUAAAAACUUAUUGCGAUGAUACAAACUAACUUUAUUUGUUCAAGUCUUGCACGAUCGUCCUAUGCCUUUCUCCUUCUGCACUAUCUUGUCUCGUCUUACGAUUAAAUCUACUCGAAGAAAGUAUUAUUAAAAGUUUCACUUAAUCAGUAGUUAAAUAAGUUUUACUUUGCUGAACUUGAUAAACUGCACAAAUUACACGGUAAAUGAAAUGAAAUAGGUCAAAUAUAAUUGAAUCGCUUUCUCAAUCUGUAAACUUUUUAAGAAAGUUACGUAAAUGUGCGUGUUGUUUUUUGUCAGUAGAACAAAACCAAACUACUUUUCAAACCAGGUCGAACACGAGAGAAUUUUAAGAGACACUUAUCAAACCCAUGUACGUUUACAAAAUUUCAGUAACUUUCCUCUCCAUAUCUCUUGAGUUAGAUCAAAAUUUCGGGAGAAAAUAUGAAAAAUGUUGAGAAUUCACUUCGAGAUCGACUCCGGAAAUUUUGAGCCAACCAAAGAGUCGCGGAAAUUUUGCAAUUUUAAUGUAGAUUUGCUAACUGCAUAAUUUAAUUGAGGGAAAAAGAGCAUAAUGACGUAUGUUGGGUUGUCCCAUAAUUAAAAUUCAGAGGCAACCAGAGCAAAUAUUUGUCAUAAGAGGUAAGCAAGUAGAUUAAGAAAUUUUAAAGCUUUGGGUAUCUAUCUACAUAUGUAGGUAUGUACGUGUGACACUUCAGGAUACAGAUUUUUCCAUGCAACAACUCAGGAUGCGGAGUAUGAUUUGAUUUAAGGAACGAUAUAUGUAUAACGACCAGACACCAAAAUUCGCAAAGAUAUUCCAUGCUUAUCCUUAGUAAUGUGGAUACAAGAAUGGUCAUUUCCGAGGGGACUAUGAGAUUGUCAACUAGUGUCUCAUGAAACGAUUUUCCCCUUUUCUCAUCAAUAUCAUAUUAACUUUGAAAAAAGAAUUUUCUAGCCGGAUCUUAAUAUCUCUGAGGCAUAUACACAUAAGCAACACAACUGUUUAAUGUCAAAAGUCUGGCUCCUGCCACAGGAAAUGGAACCAGCGGAACCGGAAAUUGAAAUAUUACCGUUUCUAAUCGGUUUAUUUGCAUUUUUGCUAAAUUUUGUGUCAUGUGUCCUUAAAAUGAAAUGCCAGAAUAAAUUAUAUUCUAAUUUACUGUCUUUACAACUUA